CGGAGUUUUGACAGAGGCCCACCAAUCCGAACAGUCUAGAGCAUCUGUGACUACGAUGGCGACCGUGAAGCUUGCAACGCUGGCCAUUCGGACGAUCGCGAAACCUAUAUCCUCGCAGCUCAAAAACCAGGCGAAACAACAUCCGGCAUUUCGGAACCUGUGUGUUUCGUUGGCACAGGGAAUGCAUACUGCUGAAGUGUCCCUCCGUACGAACAUCCUUGGUGAACCUGCACGAGCACAUGUUCGUCCACUAUCCGAAGCCCGUGCAAUCGAAACCGGUGCAAAUGCACUUGCAGAAGGUUUCCUCUUCGCCGUAGCCGCAGCACUCAUCGUUGGAGAAUCAUUUCGCACUUCUCGAGCACAAUCCAGACGACGAGACGACCUCAGGCAGUCCCAGAAGGAGCUCGAGGGGGAACGGGAACGGAACGACGAGCUGCAGAGGAUCAUGGAACGCGUCGGUGGUUGGGUUGAGUUUGAGGACACACCAUUCAAGGUACCGAGAGUCAACCUCACUCCGCAGCCCGCCCGAUCGGAAAGCACGAACGUGCCCGCUGUCGGGUCAACACCGUUUUCCUCUUCAGAUGUGAACUCUGCCUCGUCGCCAGGGGCGGGUCCCUCGUGAUACCAAUAUCGUAGGUCCAUACCAUGGUUAUCAUUCAUCUAUCUAGACG